AUGACAGACCUCAAGUCCUCAUCCUCUCACGUUGAGUGGGGAGUAGAUGAACCCCGUUUUCUUCAAUCAGAUCAAGAGCUGGGCUUGAUCGACACGGUGAAGACCCACUGGAGAUCACUGUUGAUAUGUAAGAUCUACUCAUUUUUUGCAGACGAUUCGAGACUAACUUCGCCUUCAGGUAGUCUAUCAUUUAGCUCUGGUGCCAUGUUCGGCUGUGAUACGAUCGUCAACAGCGCCUCGAUGGCCAUGCCGGCUUUCAUGAUGUACUUUGGCGAUACGAAUGCCUCCGGCCUGUAUCUACCAUCUUCAUGGACUGCCCUGUGGACCUCAAUGUCGGCACUGGCGCAAGCCCUCUCGGCAGCAGGGACAGGUGUCUUGGCCGAUCGCAUUGGCCGGAAAUGGGCAGGCAUCUUGGCAGGCUUGAUUGCUAUAGCUGGAGCUUCCGUGCAAUACACUGCUGAGACACGAGGUGCUCUACUCGGAGGCAAGAUUGUCGGCGGGCUGGGGAUAGGCAUGGCGAUGGCAUCGGGCAUGACCUAUGCCUCUGAGAUCGUGCCCCCCAGUCUGGUCCCCGCUGUGCAGCAGGCUAUGGUCGUGUUCAUCCUGAUCAUGCAGGCUGUGGCUAUGGGGGUUAUCCGAAUCUUCGUUCCGGACAUGGCUGAAAAGGCGUUCCGGACGGUUUUUGCUAUCCAGUGGGCCGUCGGGGGACUUGUCACUAUUGCAUACGCAAUAGCACCAGAAUCCCCUGUCUACUGCAUCAUGAACAAGAAGCAGGACAGUGCUAAGAAAUUGUUCAACUGGCUCUAUCCAGACGAGACUGAUCGCCAAGAGCGGUAUGGCCAUUUGCUCAAGACCAUUGAAGAGGAGAAUUCGCAGCGCGAGGAAAAUCAAGCCAACUACAUCGAAUGCUUCCAGGGAGUCAAUCUCAAGAGAACCUUCACCAUGAUGUUCCUUUUUGGCCUGGUCAAUCUGGGCGGUGCACCUUUCCUGUCCCAGUCAAUCUACUUCCUCAUCUCCGUGGGCUUGCCCAGCGUGCAUGUCUUCGACAUCUCAAUCGGCGGAUUCGGACUCGCAAUCGUGCUCAUCGUUGCUAGUGGAUUCGCCCUCAAGAAUGUUCGAAGGAGAAAUACCCUCUUCUGGGGCUGCGUGGUCAACUUCCUCUUUAACCUGAUUGUGGGAGCUCUAUACUACGUCCAUGGAACAGGCCCGAAGUGGGGAAUCGCCAUUCUGAUGAAUGUCCUCAUCUCGUUGCAGGCAAGUUUGAUGCAGGCGCCUGGCUGGUCCAUUGCGGCCGAGAUCUCCAGUUACCGGCUGCGUGCGAAAUCAAUGUCGCUGGGGAUGAUGGCUCAAACGUUCACCACUUGGUUGAUCACGUUCAUUGUACCGUAUAUGUACAAUGUCGACUCGGGCAACUUGGGUGCCCGGACUGGUUUGGUGUUCGCGGGUGCCUCGGUGUUACUUAUCUGGGGGGCUUGGUCAAUUGUCCCAGACACAACUGGAUUAUCGACAGAGGACAUUGACGAGCUCUAUGAGGCAAGAGUACCGGCGAGACAAUUUGCCAAGCAGAAACGGGCACUUCAGUCCGAGAUCAACCCUGCAACAAUUCUCAAAGGCAUUGACGGAGGAAUUGUCCGUAGUCUGGUUGGUCUCCCCGUCUUCAAGGAAACCUUUGGCUAUUACCACAAUGGCAAAUACAUCAUUGCGGCACAGUGGCUCUCAGCAUUCGGAUAUGCCAAUCUGCUCGGCGCGAUUGUCGGCGCCCUCUGCUCAGGCAUGGUUUACGAGCGCCUAGGACCUCGACGAAUGACAGGCUGCUGCUGUGUUCUGUCCAUUGCAUUCAUUUUCAUCCAAUUCUUCAGCCACACACCGGCGCAGCUAUUCGUCGGCGAAUUGGUCAAUGGCUGCGUUAUUGCCUUUUACCCGAUCUGCGCGUCGGCGUACGUCGGCGAAGUCACGCCUUUGGUGCUGCGUGGAUUCGCGGCCACCAUGACCAAUCUGGCGUUUUCUAUUGGUUCGCUCAUCGCUUCGGGGAUUCUGAAAGGUACGGAGACGAUGGAUAAUCAAUGGUCAUAUAAGAUCCCCAUCGCGACCCAGUGGGCUUUGCCGUGUAUUAUGCUCGCCCUGGUGGUCUUCUGCCCGGAUCCACCAUACUGGCUGUGUCGGAAGGGUCGUCAUGAGGAAGCGGCGGCGUCUUUGCGCCGUCUUGCUACACCGGCCGUUGAUGUCUCUUUGAAGCUGGCGCACAUCAAGGAGACACUGCGUCUGGAGGAGAGCUACCAGGGUGAGGAACCGACGUAUCUCGACUGUUUCCGGGGAACGAACUUCCGUCGCCUGAUGGUCUGCGUGAUGGCAUAUGAUAUGCAAGCCUUCGCUGGAAAUGUGUUCUUCCUCACAUACGCCGUGCAUUUCAUGGAAUUGGCCGGUCUCGAUGCGUCCGAUGCAUUCUCCAUGAACAUCGGCUUGACAGCACUUGGUCUCUUGGGAACAUGCAUUUCCUGGUUCCUUCUUUCAUACGUCGGCCGACGAACAAUGUACCUCUUCGGAUGCACGACGCUUGCCAUUGUGCAAUUCAUCAUUGGCGCCGUGGACCUGGCUCCACGACAAAGUUCCACGACGUGGGCACAGUGCGGACUCAUGUUGGUAUGUACAUUUGUGUACGACCUCAGUCUCGGUCCGUUCUGUUAUGUGCUUCUUGCGGAAGUUUCUUCGGCCAAGCUUCGCGGCCUUACAAUUGCGCUGUCGACGGUGACUUGUUUUGUCUGGUCGGUUAUCUUUGCGGUUGUCAUUCCCUACGCGAUGAAUGAAGAUCAAGGGAACUGGCGUGGUAAGAUUGGGUUCUUGUUCUCGGGGCUUGCUGGUCUCUGUGCUAUCUAUUGCUUCUUCUGUAUGCCUGAGACGAAGGGGCGCACUUUUGAAGAGCUGGAUAUCUUGUUCGAAAAGAAAGUGCCGAGUCGUAAGUUCAAGCAUUACAAGGUCAAUAUUGAUGUUGGGGGGAGACAGUUGGAGUGA